AUGCACUCUUUCUCGAUCCUCGCCAUCGGCGCCUUAGCCUACAAGGCUAUGGCUCUGACCGCCACAUUUGACGGCAUGACCUGGGGUCCGGUCACCGUGGGACAAGUCUGGCCGAUCCACUGGACUGUCGGCGACGGUGACCCGGUGGAUCUGGUCCUUGGAAACACAACCUGGAAUAGCCCCGUCUUCACUGCCACAGCUGCAACCCCUCCGGAGUUCGACUGGACCGUAACUGUUCCCGACGGAUUCGUUCCUGGCAACUAUGGCUUGGUGCUGAUCCAAGGCGACGGCAUGGACUAUUCACCGUUAUUCAGCAUCGCGUUUCCUUCGGCAGCCUCAUCGACGAGCAUGUCGACCACAUCAGCACCCACGGCAAUGCCCAACGCAACCUUGAUCUCGGCCACUGUCGGCCCCACGGUGACCGUCACGUAUUGGGAUCACGAGUGCGGGUGCACCAAGACCUCGGCGGUCCCUUCUGCUGCGGCCGCCACCAACCUUCCCGGCACUCAAUACACUUGGUGGGACGAGUCUUGCGGAUGCACCAAGACCGCGAUGACGCCGGUUCCAACAGUGGCUCCAGGCUGCAGUGGAAGCGGGUACGGCUGCUCCAACUACACCGCUCCUGCUGCUGGAACAAAUAUGCCUCCCGCUCCCCCAUCUUCCUUGGCACCGGCGGCACAAGCAGCUCCAACCGCCUCGACAACAACUUACACCGGCCAGGCGUACAACUUUGUGAACCCAGGCUUUGCCGUCGUGGGAUUGGUAGCGGCCGCCGUGGCAUUGCUUGCAUGA